UUCCCGGGAAUGAAGACAUACAUCGACCCAGACACCUACGAGGACCCGGCGCAGGCUGUGCACGAGUUCGCCAAGGAGAUCGAGCCGGCUAGGAUUCGCAUCGAGAGGGUGAUCGGUGCAGGUGAAUUUGGCGAGGUGUGCAGUGGUCGCCUCCGCACCCCAGGGAAGAGAGAGAUCCCAGUGGCCAUCAAGACACUGAAGGGCGGCUAUGUGGAGCGGCAGAGGCGGGACUUCCUGCGGGAGGCCAGCAUCAUGGGCCAGUUUGACCACCCCAACAUCAUCAGGCUGGAAGGUGUAGUCACCAGAAGUAAGACUGCCUCUCGCUCAGACACAGAGGGCCGUGAGCUCGGGGGGUGGGGCUGCUUAUGGGCCCCCAGUGUGUAGCUGUCCUGUACCAAUUUGGCCACUGCAGGUGGCCU